ACUCUGUGGCUGCCAAGAUCUUGUUUUAUAAGAAAACAAUCUGAAUUCAAUCUAAUAAAUUUCCACAAAACGGUAAUAUGUAAGUGUCUAUUAAGUACAGAAUCAUUUCUAGUGUAAGAUAUAUUGCAAAUAUUGGGAGCGGGAAAGGGGAGUUAUGGAAUGGAUAAUGUCUGUACCUCAGAAUUAUAGUAUAUGUAAAAUACUUGCUUCCCCAUGCAAAGGCUAAGAAAAAAGAAAAACGUCACCAUUUUUGAUUUUCCAAAUUUCUGGGCUAGUUUCAGGUCUUUUGUGUGGUUUUUGAUUUGUAGUUUGGCUGGAAAUUUUGCUUAAAACUGUUAAAACUUGGUUAAUAAUAUUACCUGCAGGUUGUGGAUCACUGUUGUUUUGAGGCUGUUUUUUAGUGAACCAGGGGAUCUCAAGAUUUCUGAAUUCUGCUAAGUACCAAGAUAUUUUAGCUCAUACUCGGAUGCCUCUGCCAGGAGGUCAAGACUUGAUCACAGAUGGAACUUUCAUGAAAGACAUGCAUCCAGAUCAGUACAGAAAUGAUUGUAGGAAAACAAAGUGAAUGUUUUGCAACGACCAUCUCAGUUUCCACAUUUGACCCCUGCUGAAAAGCUUGAAGGUGUAGUCCAUGUACACAAAGGCAAGCUUGAACUGUUCUGCAUGGAGGAGUGCUUGGAAAUCCCCUUACAAAUAUCUCAAACUUUCUUAGACAUUACUAGAAAGAGUCUGAAGCUUCACCAAUUAUUUGUGGGGGGAUCAUUUUGAAACUAGUUUUUUGCAGAUACACUGCACUACUGAAAUAAAACUAUAUAGCAGUGUCACAUGUGUAAGCGUACAGUAUCACAUAGUGCAUGUUUUAGACUAUUUAAUGAUGUAGGUGUAUUCAUUUUUCACAUUUUCAUGAAAAUGAGAGAACGAUUAACAGACCUAAUGUUUGUCGGAAGCCACUGCGUACUACUUUAUCAAGGCAAUACUAAAAUAAAUCGCGUUAUAAUUUUGUUUUUCUACUUAUUACGGUAGUAUGCGCGCCUGACAUUUUAAAGCACUGAGAGGGAGAAGGAGCUCGCGCCCCGGUCACGUGUUCACUCGGGACAGCCAGUCACGUGGAGGAUCUGCGCGAGAGAGCGCCGAGUAAAACGCUUCCUAGCAGUGAUGUGCAUGCAUGUUGAUCUGCUGUAGUACAGAGUGACGGACAGCAUUUAUAGGAAUGUAUGGAAGUAUCUUUGUAGGCAUUACUGAAUUUAUUUUACCAUUCUAAAAAAAAAAAAAAAUAGAUUUAUAGGGAUAUAGGAAGCUCUCGGCCAGGGGCGCUGGUGCAGACUAGACAGGGGCUUUUCUCUCAGAUCGCAGUUGAACAUUUUAACUAUCAGUGUGGAACAUCGUUCUCACUUCUCCCAGGCUAUUCAAGGAUCCGACAUCUGAACCAUAACACUGCAUUAUAGCAGCGCCUGGGACAAAACAAUCACGCGCGCGCGCGCACACACACACACACACACAGACACGGUUACGGCAGGGUUUGACUGGGCGCGAAAUGAGGCGCACACACCGAUCGUGCACGGCGUGACACCACGUAUCAGCCGACAUCCCACUGACCGCGGCCAUCUGCGGCUGUGUUGUUUGGAGCUGAAGGCGCACGGACGAUGUCGGACCCUGUGUCGGAUCUGGAGCGGAGUUGCUCCGUAUCCAAAAAGACCAUGAUCACCGAGCAUUUCAGAGUGCGCAAGCGGAGGGAGAUGCUCCUGGCGCAAGUGUGUGUAGUGUGUGGAGUUCUGCUGGCGGCCUGGUGCAUGUCAGCGCUCCUCACCAAAACAGGCCAUGGAAUUGUGUUGCAGGAGCACUUUGCUGGACCCACAGCCCAUCUGGGCCGUAGACUGAUGGCCACCGAGGAAGACAAUGAGACUGCAGAAAAGAACUGCUCUGAGCCAGCCAUCCAUGAGUUCCCUGGGGAUAUGUUCACAAGCCAAGAGCGAACACGAGGAGCUGUCCUGCUACACAUAUUUGCUGCUGUCUAUAUGUUCCUGGCUCUAGCUAUCGUGUGUGAUGACUACUUUGUUACAUCGCUAGAGAAGAUCUGUGAAAAAUUGCAUCUGAGUGAGGAUGUAGCUGGUGCAACAUUUAUGGCUGCUGGAAGCUCAGCUCCUGAGCUUUUUGCCUCCGUCAUUGGUGUGUUCAUCACGCAUGGAGAUGUGGGUGUGGGCACAAUCGUGGGCUCAGCUGUCUUCAACGUUCUCUGCAUCAUUGGUGUGUGUGGAAUCUUCGCUGGACAGGUUGUCUUUCUCACCAAGUUUGCUGUGUUUCGGGACUCCCUUUACUACACACUGUCUGUUGUAGCACUUAUCGUAUUCAUCUAUGAUGGGCAGAUUAUGUGGUGGGAGAGUCUGGUGCUCAUGGUCAUGUAUAUUGGCUACAUAAUCAUUAUGAAGUUUAACACAAGCAUGCAGAACUACUUUUCUGGGAAAGAAGAUAAGAGUGUUUCCAACGGUAAUGCAGUGAUCAGCGAGCUGGAGGACGGUAAUGCAUGUUAUGAGCAGUUUUGGGAUGAUCCCUCUUGGCCAUUACUCAGCUCAGUAAAACCCAAUAAGAUGUACACUCGUGGCUCAGUCGUGAUGGUGGAUGAAAUGAUGAACUCCAGUCCUCCAAACUACCGCUUCCCAGAGGCCGGCCUCAGAGUCAUGAUCACCAGCCAUUUUGGGCCUAAAACCCGUCUGCGCAUGGCGAGCCGACUCAUUAUUAAUGAGCAACAGCGGCUAGUGCAGGCAUCUAAUGGAGCGGACAGCAUGCUAGUGGCUGAUGGGAAAGCAGAAACAAUGGAGAAUGGCAACGUACCAGAGGACAAACUAACGGAGGAGGAGGAUAAUGAGCUGUCGUCACCCUUCACCAUGCCUGGGGGCACUAUGAACAGAGUGAAGUUCUUCAUUUCAUGGCCUAUCCUGGUCUUGCUGUACUUCACUGUGCCAAACUGUGGGAAGCCACGCUGGGAGAAUUUCUUUAUGCUCUCCUUUUUUCUCUCCACUGUGUGGAUAGCUGUCUUCUCAUACUUCAUGGUGUGGAUGGUGACGAUUAUCGGAUACACACUGGGAAUACCUGAUGUUAUAAUGGGCAUCACUUUUCUUGCAGCCGGCACUAGUGUUCCAGACUGUAUAGCUAGCCUUAUAGUCGCUCGACAAGGCCUGGGAGAUAUGGCUGUCUCCAAUACAAUCGGCAGUAAUGUCUUUGAUAUCCUGGUUGGGCUCGGUGUUCCCUGGGGCCUCCAGACGAUGGCUGUCAACUACGGAUCUGUGGUGAAAAUCAAUAGUAGAGGAUUGGUGUAUUCUGUGGUGCUUCUCCUCGGCUCAGUGGCUUUGACUGUCCUGGGGAUCCAUGUUAACAGGUGGAAGCUGGACUUAAAGCUGGGUGUGUAUGUGCUCCUGCUGUAUGCCAUCUUCCUGUGCUUCUCCAUCUUGAUCGAGUACAACAUUUUUACCUUUGUCAAUCUGCCCAUGUGUCAGGAGGUCUGAAACUUUUAGUUUUUGAAUCACUUCCAGACUGGACCUUCCACCCACAAUCCCUAUCAGAUUUACAUUUUUUCAACAUUUUAUUGUUGCUGAAAACCACCAUGUCCCACAUCAUGUGUUCACUGCGGUCAAAGACAUUACAUUCUGCUGUAUCUGUUCAUGGAGAUGAGGGUUCAGUUCUCUGUCCAGGAUUUCAGAUUCAAUUAGACUUCUGUCUUUGGCAGUACUUGCUCUGACUGGACUUUCUCACCUUAGCAGCAUAGCAUGUCUAAAUUGGAUCUACAUGGGUGCAGCCUGAAUAUCUAUAUACACAGGAAAAAGAGGAAUGCUGCUCAGUGAAACAAUCCAAAUGCAUCAUAUUUACACUCUUUCAUCUGGUCUUCCCUGGAGAAAAAAUAAUAAAAAAAAAAGAAACCAUGCACUUUAGACAUAUAGAGUGAAGACUCUAGGUCACCCUGUGAUUGCAGUAAGGAAAGACCUCAGCUCUUUUCUGCUGUAAUGCCAUAAGGAGCAAUAAAGACAAAAGCAGUGUUUAAUGACAAAAAGUCAUGAGAGAUCCUUUUUCUUUUUGAAGCGUGAAGGAAUAUGAGAUUUUUAUGAAAGCAGCAAUGCAAUACAGUAGGACUGUGAGAGCAGCCUGCUGCAGCAGCAUGUGUGAAAAGAAAUACCAUAUGCAGUUCCUCACUGAGUCCUGCUGUGGAAGAUGCAUUCUGUAAUGAUUAACAUUUCAUGGCUUCUGCACAUCAAAACUGACAGUUGAGGACUUUAUUAGGUCAGAAAGGACCAAUCAAAACUUUUAAAACUGGGUUCAAGCUGCUUGAUGGUAUGGAAGACAAAUUUCAGAAUUUAAUUUACUGACAAGACCACAAACACAGAUCUUGAUGCUGCAUUUGUUGUUUAUAUGUAAAUAUGACUUUAACAGUCCCCUUGUUUGAACCAGUGCUUCCUUCCAGGUGUAGGGGAGGAGGAGUGGAUGCACAUCCAUGACUGGCACGGUCACUUUUUUCCUUUUUGGGCCGUUCACUCCAGCUCCCCUUUCUGGGUCUCUGUACUGUUUGUCUGUGAUGCAUGAUUUGACACAGCAAAUCAUGUCGAUCUCCCUAAAUGGCAGCUACCACUCCAUCCUGCACCAAACCCAAGAGGCUCAGGAGAUCUUAACCCGAGUAAAGGAGAGAUGUGUUAGUGUCUGUGUCAGUUGUGGAAAUGUUAGGUGUUGUCGUUCAGUGCUAAAAGGUGCCGUCGCUGUUAUCAAUGUGGAGAGGCAGGUGUGUGCAGUGUUUCAAUGUGUGCAGUAUAUAAGGACAUAUGCAAUCUCAGUAAGUGAAAACAGUAACCAGUAGGCUGUAAACAGAAGGGCUGGUUAUAUUUAAAUACCCUUCUUGCUCAAGCAUGCAAAUAUUCAUACUACCCUACAUUAUUAGUGCUAUAAGGAAUGGCACCUUCUUCCUACAUGGUUGUGUGCUGUGCAGUAUGGUGGUGUCACGUGAUUUAUUUCAUUUUUUUUUCCACGGUAGUUGAUCAGUGUUCAGACGGGAUAUGACCUAUAACGUGUUUAGGUUGUUUCAAGGUUAAUGAAUGUCGCUGGAGGUUUGGACUCAUCAGUUUGCUAUUAACACACUGUAUGUUUCAAGAAAGAGAAGGAAUUAUACAAUUUACUUACUUGUUGAUUUGUUUAAAUUUCUAUAAAGGAAUUCAACGGUUCACAUAUAUGCAAAUAUUUUCCUAUUUUGUUAUCGAGCCAAGAUUUAGUUCAUGUUAUUGUAACAGCAAGUAGGCUACUAUAGUACAUAUAAAUAAUUAAUAGACACAAAUCAUACCAAAUCACUGUAAAUAAGCCAUUUGUAUGAUCUGUUCUGAAGUCAGUUGUUCCUGUGGCAUGUCUGUUAUUAUAAUGGUUAUUAUUACUACAUUUGGACAGAAAGAUCAGUAUUUUUGACUCUAGCUGUAUUUUAUAAACUGCACAGCCACCUGAGUGACCGGUUUAUUGCUUUUUUCCUUUCGGGGAUAAGGAUCACUCAGCAUCUUUGUUACCAGUGGUAGCAUUCUGACAGGAACCGAAGUCUCUGUAUGCACAGAAAACCCACUGUAUACCUCUUCAGGACAAAUAUUUUAAGUUGAAUGGAGAUGUUUAAAACCUACAGUACAUUUAUUUUCCUGCAUGAAGGUGCACACAUACAGGACACAUGCACUCACAUUUGUUCACACAUACAUGUGCAAUCGUAUUUCAGAGUAGACUGUGACCUGCUGCACUGUGGGAGAGAAAAGGUGUGCUGGAUCGUUUUCCAAGCCACUUAAGUUAAAGAUUAAAAUUUAAAAGAUACUGUAUAACAGCAGUGUUUAACUUGAAUGUAUUGUCUUGCUAUAAAUGGAUGUAUCCAACCAAUGCAUUUUAUUGUGAAGCAAUAAACUAUUAAAAACAUUAUCAUUCAUAUUUGAAUCAUAAGAAAAUUGUAUGAACACAAAUUAAACUUCUACACUUUAUUAGUA